AAUCUUCCACGAUCUCAACCUACUGUACAAAAUGGCCAAAGGAAGUUGUGGUGUAACACAGUGAUUACCCAAUUUUAUGUAGGUUUUGACUGUAUAUAUUGGACUUAGAAGGAUAAAGUAAGAUGGAUUAGUUAUCAUUACGUGUUUAUAGAAUGUUGAUGUCUGUCUUAAUAAGAGACAAUAAUGGAAGGAACCGUUCAAGUGAUUAGUUUGAGGGAAUAAGUGUACAUGACUUCCCUUCAAUUUAGGUCACCAACUACAAAUUUUAGAUUAUCUUUUUUACAAUUUCAAGAGUAAGCAAGUUUUAAAGGUCCAUUCUUUCAGGACAGUUCUUAACAACAGAUGCCUUGUCGACUUAUGAAAACAAAUAUGUCGAGUGACAAUACAAUAUCAGCGGAAAUUUUAGCGGAAGACGUGAAGGGUCACAGAGGCAUGUUGAUACUAGACUGUAGGUCACAAUCAGACUUUACUAGGUCACAUGUUAAAGGGGCCAUAUCAAUAUUUUUACCAAGCUUAAUGUUGAGGCGUCUCAAAUCUGGUAAAUUGAAUGUUGGAUGUAUUAUUCAAAACAAUGAAGCCAAAGAUAAAUUCAACCGUCAGUGGAAGACUCAGACAAUCGUCCUGUAUGAUGAUAAAACAGAGCCCGCAACAGCGUCCCCAACCAGUGUCAUAGGUCUACUAUAUAAGAAACUGAAGCAAGAUGGUGCUAAAGUUAUGUUCUUACAAGGUGGUUUUCGGAACUUUGAGGAGAAUUUCCCAGAAUUCUGUGACGGUCCAGAAAGUGACGAUGAUACAGACAAGGAAAUCAUGGGACUUUGUAACCUGAAAAUAGCAGAGGACUCUGCUUACGGAACAUGUGAUUCAAACGGUGACCUAGAUUCACCUACUAGUAACGUGCCCGUUCAAGUCAUCCCCCAUUUAUAUUUAGGAAAUGCUAAAAAUUCAGCAGACAAAGACGUUUUGAAAAACUUUGGUAUAUCAUAUAUACUGAAUGUCACCCCCAAUGUGCCAAACAAAUUUGAAGAGGAUAGUGCAUUUAAAUACAUGAAAAUACCCAUCAGCGAUCAUCUCUCACAAAAUCUCUCCAAAUUUUUUCCAGAGGCCAUAGCUUUUAUAGAUGAGGCCCGUGGUUCAAACCAAGGAGUUCUCGUUCAUUGUUUAGCCGGUGUGAGUCGUUCGGUUACCAUCACUGUCGCAUAUCUAAUGCAGACGAAGCAACUUACUCUGAAUGAUGCGUACGAUUACGUAAAAGCAUGUAAACCAAACAUUUCACCAAACUUCAAUUUUAUGGGACAAUUGUUGGAGUUCCAGCGUAGUUUGGGAACUCGGAUUAAAUGCUCUUGUGGGAAAUUAAAGUGUACUUGUUCAGACCUAAGUCGCCUGAUCUCGGAAGAUUCUUCCCAAUCUAGCAUGUGAUAUUUCUUCAAUUUUAGAUAACUAAAGAAUGUCAUUUAGGGCUAAAAUAUUUGAUUUGCUUCUCAUGCCGAUAAAAAUGGCGUACAACCUUUUCAUCAGUUGACAACAUCUUACGAAGCUCAAAACAUUCCAUCUGGCAUCAAUCUGUGAAACUAUUCUUCAAUAAAAAUCAUUUAGCUUUUGACAAAAGCUUUAAAAGAAUAAGUUCACAUAGUCUUGUCUUUUAGAAGCUUGAUGUGUGGUACCAUUUCUGCUGACAGGCCUUUUGAGUGAUAUGGAUGAAAUCAGAGGUGAACAGAAGCUUGAAUGAAGACAAAGUACAGGUAGAAGCUUUGGAGCAAAUGUCAGAAGAUUUGAAAGUAGGAAAAAUUGAGAUCGCCAGGUUUGGAAAUUAUGCCACAAAACACUAAGAAAAGCACAGACUUAGAGGUCUUGUUACUUAAAUAAGGGCAUAUCAACUGUGACUCUAUUUAUGAGACAAUGUUUCUUAUAUGUACAAAUGAUGAUAUGGCAACUUAGUUGUAAUACUGUAUUUUUGUAGUUUUAGUUUAGCGUGAUUCAUGGACAAGUUAGAAGUACAUUUAUGCUCGUUGAAAUAAGCUAACAAGUCCCAUUAUUGAAUCAAUGUUUUCUAAAAUUGUACUAUUAUUAAGUUAUAGGUGCUUUGUUAUAUUUUGAUAAAAGCAACAAUGCCUCAAGGGAAAAAAGUCAGAAAUAUGAUUAUUUUAGCUCUGAAAUUUCGUAUAAUUCAAUUUUUCUUUUCAUGAUACUGACAAAAUAAAUAUGGACUAAUAACAUUAUUUGAUAAAUAUAACCUAGUUAAUUUGGUGUAGAAACUAGUAAUUUCUUUAUUAAAGCUGAGAUUUUGUGUUUGAUACUUUAUCACAAUAUAGGACAUCAAUUUAUAGAAUAUAAAUUCCAGAAUCCUUGAUAAAUAAUUUAAUUAAGAUAUAUUUUUAUAUGAAAAUAUAAUUUUUUCUUAUGAUAGAAAUAAACAUAUUAGUGUUGAAGCAAUGUAUAAACUUUGUAUUUCUAGGGUUUUCAUUGAUAAUUUAGGAACCUAAAAUUAGCGGAAUAUUUGUGUUUUUUCACUAACACAUAAAUAAUUAUAUAACCAUUUUAUAUCUUGUUAUACUAAAAGAUUUCAAGUAUCUGGAUUUCAAUAUGUACAUUAUUUAAAACAAUACUCUAAUCCAUCUCCUCUAAUCAAGUUAAAAGUGCUUGUUAGCAAGUUAGCAAACUUAUUUUAUCCUUACUAGUUGAAAGUUUGUAGCUUCAAAAUAAUCUUUUUGCAAUUAAUUUUUUACAUAACAUUGAAGGGAUUGAAAUGAACCUUUUUCAUAAACUUGAUACUUUUAUGUAUUUUUUGUAUAGAAACAAGAUGAAUGAUUCCCGGUCAUAUUGGCUAAUGAUUGGUCAAUUUUAGUACAUGAUUGAUCAUUUUAAAACAUAAUUGAUCAUUUUAAGAUGUGAUUGAUCAUUUUAAGAUGUGAUAGAUCAAUUUAAGAAAUUAUUGAUCAUUUUAAACCAUGAUUGGUCAUUUUAAGAUGUGAUUGAUCAUUUUAAAAUGUGAUUGAUCAUUUUUAGACAUGUUGAUCACAUUAAGAUGUGGUUGAUUACUAUAAAGACCUGAUUGAUCGCUAUAAGGCCCAAUUGAUCAUUUUAAGUCAUAAAUACUUUUAAGAUGUGAUUGAUCACUAUAAGGCCUGAUCAUUUUUAGACCAUAAUUGAUCACUUUAAGAUGUGAUUGAUCACUUUAAGAUGUGAUUGAUCACUUUAAGAUGUGAUUGAUCACUUUAAGAUGUGAUUGAUCAAUACAAGGACAGAUUGAUCAUUGUAAGACAUGGUUGAUCACUUUAAAACAUGGAAACUGGUAAAAUCUUUGCAAGAUUAUGAUGGAAAUAAUAGCUUAAAAGAAUCAGUUAUGUACAAGGCUUCAUAGCAAUUUUAACACUAUACAAGUAUUCUACACUUGUUUUAUUUUGAAGGUUUGGUUCUAAGUGGAAGCUUCUAGUACAACAUAUAGAAGAUAUUACCAUUUCACACCAAGCCUUAGAAUUUUGAUAGUAUACAUAAAACGUUUUGUUAAUUCUUAUAGUAGGUGGAAAUAAAAUAUGUUUUCUCCAGUGAGUCUGAUAUUAGGAAGCUGUAAAUACGUAAUGUUUGUUCCAUUUACAGUAUGAUAAGCCAAGAAAUAUCUGUAAGUAAACAUUUCCAAGUCCACUACAGCUCAAUGACUUUCCAACAAACAUACAGUCUGUGCCAAAAAGAUUACUUUAUAUAAAGCAGUACCUGUUCACCUCACCUAAAUUUACAGGAUUUUUUUUCCCAUUCAAGCUUUUAUCUUAAGAAAAAUGAAGGAAAAGAUAAAAAAAAUGUAAAGAAAUUGUUAGAAUAUUCCAGGUUUCUAUUUAGACCUCUCUUAUCAUACAUUACAACAUGCAAUAAGUUAUAUGAUCUCAAAAAUUCAUAAAGAUGGAAAAUUUUCAGGUAAGAAAAAUAACAUUAAAAAAACACACACCCAGACUUCAUAAUAUUGCCCUGUUUGUGUUUUAUUUCAAGCAGAAUUUUUUUUUUAGAUUUGUAACUUUUGUUCUCUUUCAUUGAUAUAUUUGUUAUUUUUUAUACUGAAUACAUUGUUCAGACAUUAUAGAAAAAUAAUACAUGUAUUUCUGUUAUUCAUUAAACCUUGAAGGGUGGGUUAUGUUCUGGCAUGAUAAGAAAAAUAUAUUUUGGUUUCAAAUUACAUUGUAAUAAGUAAAUAUUGUAAAGUGUUUGAAAAUAUUAAAACUUUCUUGUUAAUGCGAUAUAAAGUUUACAUAAUAUGUGAUACUAGCUGAUGAAGUAACUACUUGUAAACUUCUGGAAGCUGUAUAUUUUCAGUGCUAGUUCUCCAGUAUAA